AUAACCUUCACCUAAUUUAUCAUGGCAAGUCAAAUCCCGUUCGCUGUUAAAACUCACAAGCAAAAAGUAUUAAGCCUUUACAAAAGGAUAAUAAGGAAUUUAGAAUCAUGGUAUUAUUACAGGCCAGUGUUCAGAUAUCAGGCUACUCUUAUGAGGGCUCGAUUUGAGGAAAAUAAGAAUAUAAAAGAUGAGGUGAAAGCUGCUCAGUUAGUAAAGGAAGCUGAAGAAGAACUUAGGAUGAAAAUGCAUUAUCAGCCAAAGAUGUUUCCUAAGACUAUUGGAGGCAACGCUUAUGAUAGAGAUCCUCACAUUCCAGACUGGGUCUUAGACUACUGGCAUCCACUGGAGAAAGCUCAGUUUCCUGAAUAUUUCAAAAGAAGGGAAGAACGAAAACUAGAGUAUGUAAAGAUGUGGGAACGCCAAUAUGGGCCACAAAACCAUAAUGAUAAUGUUCAUUAACCAUGUUUCUAGCAUUGUUUGAUAAAUUAGGAAUACCAUAAACUUUUGUGAUCACAUUAGAACUGUCAAUAAAUUAAGUAUUGAUCAUGUACACAUAGCAAGGCAUGAACAAUAUUAGCUAAUUCAAUUUUUAAUAAAUGUGAAUUGUAAGUACUGUUUGCCUUAUUGCCUGUUUCAUCUUAUAAUAAGAUAAAAUAAAUUAUUAACAUUUUUUAAAAACGUAAAUGUGCUGUUCAUUCUUUUUGUUUUUCCUGAUGCUAUUCAGAUUGGAGAAUACACAUUUAACAACGUAAAUAGUUUUGUAUAUCUAGGGUCUCUAGUUUGUGCAGACUAGUGGUGGUAUGCAUAGUUGUCCCUUAUACUCCACUAUUUCCUUAUUGUCUCUAAAAGGCUGGUGGUCAGACUCCACUCCUUCAACUUUCCUUCCACUGUAUGGAACAUUCAGGGCCCUUCAUCAUUCCUAAAACUCCCCUUUACUCACUUUAACUUAUAUUUAACUGAUAGAAAAUGUAAUUAUCGUGUUAUUAUUAUGCAUAGUCGUCCCUUAUAAUCCACUAUUC